AUGAAUUCAACAGACGAAAAUAAUUUAUACUACGUCACUUCCGGUCCUGUCAAAAUAAUCAGCGACGAGGCCCUGGCUUUGAUUUCCGUCGUCCUCAAAAGCGCUUUGUACGAGUUCUGCAGUGUAGUCGGCAUCACGACCAACUGCCUGAAUCUCGUCGUGUUCUGGAAGAUUGGCUUCAAGGACACCGUCAACGUUUCCUUGUUCGCCAUCGCGGUUUCUGAUGCCUGCAGUUUGAUCUCUCUUUUCUGGAUGAGCGUCUGCUACAAUCCGCUUUUCGCAAACUCGGAUAUCAUAAUAGAUUCCCGCGGGGUUCAGUACCUUACUGGAGGGUGGCCCAAGUUUUACUUCACCCGUGUGAGCGCCAUGAUCACCGCGUACGUGACUUUUGAACGGUGUUUGUGUACUGCUAUGCCUUUAAAAGUCAAGGCAAUCUUGACCCCGAAACGAGUUUUGGUCAUCGUUUCCGCUAUAUACAUAGGCCUCGCUUUGUCAAUUUCUCCAAUCUACUUAGCCACGACCCUGGACUGGAAAUUUUACCCGGGUCGAAACAAAACCCUUGUGGGUCUUAUCUUCUCAGCGAACAAAGAAACAAUAAACAGCAUAAGUAUUGGCCUCAACGUUGUCCUGUGUAACGGUUCGUUCAUCUUCGUUACGGUGAAUACCCUGAUUCUCGUCUGCAAUAUCAACAAGUCCAUGCAAUUCAAAGAAUCGUUUGCGAAAGUGACCGGCAAAAAAAUUUCUAAGGAAACCAAAGCUAGCAAGAUGGUCAUACUCACAGCGGGAGUGUUUAUUGUCUGUUUGUUUCCUAGCUCGCUUGUCACACUCGGCAUGGUUAUUUUUCCUUCCUUCAACGCAGGAGAGGCUCAAGGAAAUCUGUUUUUCACCCUGGCUUCUGUGAUCCACAUUUCCGAAGCCAUCAACGCUAGUUUAAAUAUUUUGGUCUACGUUCACAUGAGUUCGAAGUUUAAGCAAACCUUUACUGAGACUUUCGCGUGUUUUCGGCAUUUAGUCAUGCGUAAAAGCAGCGCAAAAGUAUAUAAAAAGGAACUUACAGUUAGUGUUAGUACCGUAAGUGUUCAAAACAACAAGUGA